AUGGUACCACUAAUUAAAUUAUCUAGAUGUUUUUAUUCUUGUAAUACUAUUUCAUCGGCUGCAAUAUUAGCUAGGCGAUUUUCCUCAGCGCCAGAUUUUGAUGCAUUAGCUCAAAAAAUUCAGCAAUGGAAGGAAAAGUCAAGCGUUGACAACAGCGAUAAUGAUGAGAUUUCAUCUGCUGAUAAAAUAAUUGAGAAAAGAGCAUGGAUGAGUGCUCCAUUGGUGUAUUGCGAUGGUUCAUUUGACUGGACAUUGAGAAAAGGUGGUAUUGGAAUAUUUUGGAGUCCAAACGAUGAACGUAAUGCUCAUCUUUCACUUACAGGAUCGAAACUGACUAAUAUUAGGGCUGAAAUACAAGCAGUUAGCUUGGCUGCUUUACAGGCUUGUUCUCUAAAUUUUGAUCGAGUCAUUAUCAAAACAGAUUCGCAGUUUGUGGUGAAAGUGAUUAACUCAUGGUUAUCCAGAUGGCGUUCCAAUGAAUGGAAGAAAGCAGAUGGAAAACAGAUCGAAAAUAUGGAUGAUAUCCAGAAACUUAGCCGUUAUACUGAGAUGAUAAAAAUGCGUGUAGAACAUACAUAUGGACAUCAAAAAUACGAUGAAAGGAAAGAAUUGGAGGAGAGCUGGGAUGCAAUGUCAUGUGAUGAAAGAGAUCGUUGUGGAAAUUUUCAUAGCGAUCGGUUAUCGAGAUUAGCUGUUGAUCAACCAAUGAUGACAGAUGAACAGUUUGAGGAAUUAUGUAAAGCUAAACUUGACAAAUGUUGUAGUUGA